CUCUCGCGGCACCAUGUACCGCUCACUGCGGCUCUUCGCGCGCCCGCACCGCGUCGCGCGGGCUCCGGCCUCAGCCUCCGUUCCGGGUUUCGGGGGCGCAGCCGCCGGCCCCCUGCGGCCCCCGAACGCCGCUCGAAUGGCAUCUCAAAAUUCUUUUCGGAUAGAAUAUGAUACCUUUGGUGAACUAAAGGUCCCGAAUGAUAAGUAUUAUGGCGCCCAGACUGUGAGAUCGACAAUGAACUUUAAGAUUGGAGGUGUGACAGAACGCAUGCCAAUUCCAGUUAUUAAAGCUUUUGGCAUCUUGAAGCGAGCGGCUGCUGAAGUAAACCAGGAUUAUGGUCUUGAUCCAAAGAUUGCUAAUGCAAUAAUGAAGGCAGCAGAUGAGGUAGCUGAAGGUAAAUUAAAUGAUCAUUUCCCCCUUGUGGUAUGGCAGACUGGGUCCGGGACCCAGACAAAUAUGAAUGUGAAUGAAGUCAUUAGCAAUAGAGCAAUUGAAAUCCUGGGAGGUGAACUUGGCAGCAAGAAGCCUGUGCACCCCAAUGAUCAUGUUAAUAAAAGCCAGAGCUCAAACGACACUUUCCCCACAGCAAUGCACAUUGCUGCUGCGACAGAAGUUCAUGAAGUGCUGCUUCCAGGACUGCAGAAGCUGCACGAUGCUCUCGAUGCAAAAUCCAAGGAGUUCGCCCAGAUCAUCAAAAUUGGGCGUACUCACACACAGGAUGCCGUUCCGCUUACUCUUGGGCAGGAGUUUAGUGGUUAUGUUCAGCAAGUGAAGUAUGCAACGACGAGAAUACAAGCUGCCAUGCCCAGGAUCUAUGAGCUUGCGGCUGGGGGCACUGCUGUCGGCACGGGUUUAAAUACCAGAAUUGGCUUUGCAGAAAAGGUUGCUGCAAAAGUGUCUGCUCUCACAGGCUUGCCUUUUGUCACAGCUCCAAAUAAAUUUGAGGCUCUGGCUGCUCACGAUGCUUUGGUUGAACUCAGUGGAGCCAUGAACACUACUGCGUGCAGUCUGAUGAAGAUAGCAAAUGAUAUUCGGUUUCUGGGUUCUGGUCCUCGCUCAGGUCUGGGAGAGCUCAUCUUGCCUGAAAAUGAACCAGGAAGCAGUAUUAUGCCAGGCAAGGUGAACCCCACCCAGUGUGAAGCCAUGACCAUGGUUGCUGCCCAGGUCAUGGGGAAUCACGUUGCCGUCACCGUUGGAGGCAGCAAUGGACAUUUUGAGUUGAAUGUUUUCAAGCCAAUGAUGAUUAAAAAUGUGUUACACUCAGCCAGGCUGCUGGGGGAUGCAGCAGUUUCCUUCACAGAGAACUGUGUGGUGGGAAUCCAGGCCAACACAGAAAGGAUCAACAAGCUCAUGAACGAAUCUCUCAUGUUGGUGACAGCUCUUAACCCUCAUAUAGGGUAUGACAAGGCAGCAAAGAUUGCUAAGACAGCACACAAAAAUGGAUCGACCUUAAAGGCAACCGCUGUUGAACUCGGCUAUCUGACAGCGGAGCAGUUUGACGAGUGGGUAAAACCUAAGGACAUGCUGGGUCCAAAGUGAUGUAAAUGAAUUUCUAAUAAAAAUGAUGUGUAAAACAAAACAGACUCCCUAUAUUUCUUAAA